AUGUAUUAUAAUUAUUACUCUCGUAUUCAUUAUGUUUAACCUAAACAACCACAAUAAUCUUGCAAUCCCUACAUUCUCUCACCAAGAAUGUCUGUAAUUACUCGAUUCAUAUCAUUAGGUCAUUCCAACUUCCAUUAAACAAAUGAGGGAAUCCAUUCAAAUACCUUAUAAUUAAGAUAUCAUGAAAGCUAGCACCAUCUUAGAAGUUGGUUAACGAACUCGUAAUACUCAUUACAAAUAGCGAUUAGAAGGUAUUUCUACAUCACUAUUAUAGAGUUGUACCUCAAAUAUGAAGAUGGUUGCAUUUACAGGGGUCAAGGUAUUCCACCAUCAUAAAGACAUGGUAUGGGAGUCUUAUUCAAUACUGAAAAUUAAGAGGUUUAUUCUGGAGAAUGGUUCAACAACCUUUAUGAGGGAUUUGGAAUUUUGAUUAACCAAUCUCCUCAUUUGAUUAAACAUAAAAUUGACCCCAAGGAUUUAAAUACUAUUGAAGAUAGUUGGCAUGUUUACAAAGGCUAUUUUAAAUAAAAUAAAAUGCAUGGGGAAGGUAUUCUAACACUUACCAAUGGCUAGAAAUUUGAAGGUCAUUUCAUUAACGGCAUGAUUCAUGGAAAAGGUCGUUUUUAUGGAGAUUAAAUUAUUGUUGGAAAUUGGUUUGAAGGUGCUUUAAUUUGA